AUGAUUGCUUUGCGACGUGACGCAACGGAAGUUGUUCAUGAAGAUUUCAUGGAUGCAAUCUUGGAAGUACAGGCAAAAAAGAAAGCCAGUCUUAAUUAUUACGCGUGA